GUCGACGAGGACUGCACAUGGACCAAACAUUGCGAUAAGCGAUACAGUCACAACCACUCUGGAUGGGAGCGUCAGGUUGCCGUGCGUCCGUCAUUCGGGAUUGCAUCAAAAAGUGUUCCAACAGGCAUUUUCUCAGCUUCAUUUCCCCCCAAGUUAGCCGCAUUUAAACUCCAUUUUUUACCUGGAAAGAAAAGGGGGGUUUAACGGCUGAUUAAGAAACUCUCAUCACUUUCCUGGCAUCUCCUGCGCACCCCUCCGGCUCCUCGUCCGAUACUCCAGCGGUUCAAAGCCCUUCAGUCAUUUUUGGUGGGACGCGGACUGCACAGAUGCACAGAAGAUUUUAUCCGCCAAAAAUAUUGUUUGGAUCAUAAAGAGCAGAUGAUGCAGAUAUAGUCAGAGGAGGACUCCAUCAAAAGUGUUAUUGCAUUCCGGAAAACGUCACCUUCUUAACUUGGACAAAGAAAACAAGAUAGGCUAUAAGUGCAGGGACAUAAAAUGAUUGUGUCAGGAAAAGAUCUGUGAUGAACUUUUGUCACUUACAGUCAUGGCAUUAAGUGAGACAUCCACAUGAAGUGAAACCCUGCUUUGGAAUGGGUGGGGAUUGAAAGAAGAUUUUUCUGAAAAAAACUGUAAAUCAUACUUCAUCCAGCAAAACAAACAAUACCUCCACUCCCUACUCAAUAAGCUGAAUUUGGCACCAGCCCUGGUUUCAGCAUUCUUUUAACAAGCUCCACUUCCACAACAACCCUCUCAGUGCCAGUCAUGGUGUCUGUCUGAAGCGGAAAAACAAACUGAAGAGAACAACAGGUGAAGUCAAAUAAAGGUGAACCAGAUUUCAUCAGUUACAUUUUUUUUUGUAGUGUAUCACCACAAAUCUGAGCCAUCUAGAUUGUUGUGUUUAUUUCCUUAAACACUGGGGUGUGUAAAGUUUUUGUCUUUUUAACCAUACCGACAGACUUUUAAAUAUUGUCCUUUCUGGUGGCUAUAUCAUUUCUUAUUUCCCUCCUGACUGUCUUCCAUUUUGCGUUCUCUCUCUCAUUCUUUGCCCAGUGAUACACUGUUCCCCCCGCCCCUCUCCACAUCCUUCUUUUUAACCAUACUGGUUCUCUGAGAGGCUUAAUCCUGGCCGGCACUAUUCCAGCCAAGGGGGAAGAGGACUUCCUGACGCUGGCCGCUUCACGGCUAAGCCGCAGGAAACGCGUCAUUGGAGCUGCUGUAGGUGUGGCCAUGGUUCUAAUACUGUUGGUGGCUAUUCCCCUGCUGGUCCACACAACCAAGGGGGGGAACACUGGAAAUGCAGGGAGCCAUUACGAAAUGCUUGGAAGCUGCAGGAUGGUAUGCGACCCUUAUGCUACGUCUCAGCCAGGCCAGGAGCUGACAGAUGUGUCUCCUCCGCCCCAGGAUCACUCUGGGAAGAAGCUAAAGUCUGGGCUGCGUGGGCCUCCAGGGAUCCCUGGUCCUCAAGGAGCACGUGGACCCCCUGGAGAACCAGGCAAACCAGGGCCACAGGGACCCCCAGGUCCAAGUCCGGGUGGUUAUUCUCCCUCACUCUACACUCCCAAAAUCGCCUUUUACGCAGGGCUACGCAAGCAGCAUGAGGGAAGUGAAAUACUAAAGUUUGAUGAUGUGGUGACCAAUGUAGGUAACUACUAUGAGCCCAGCACCGGCAAGUUCACCUGUCCUCUGCCUGGCAUCUACUUCUUCACCUACCAUGUUCUAAUGAGAGGUGGUGAUGGGACCAGCAUGUGGGCAGACCUGAAAAAGAAUGGACUGGUAAGAGCCAGCGCCAUCGCUCAGGACGCUGAUCAGAAUUACGACUAUGCCUCCAACAGUGUGAUCCUGCAUUUGGACGUGGGUGAUGAGGUGUGUGUGCAGCUGGAUGGCGGGAAGGUUCACGGAGGGAACAAAAACAAGUACAGCACCUUCUCCGGCUUCCUCAUCUACCCAGACUGAGACUUGUCCUUACUCACGGAGAAAGGACACACACAUAGACAUAUUCACACUUACAUAGACAUAUGCAAAUGAAAGCACAUACACAGAUAUGCACAUGCACAAUGCCUGCAUGUACAUACAAAAUGAUACACACACACACAGAGACAUCAUGAGAUAACAACAGACUACAGAAGUGUGGAUUGACUGAAAAUACGAGAUAAGGGAAAUUAUGUUGAGUCGUCUGAUUUUGAGCCAAUCAUCAUGAGCAACUGCAAUUAUUGGCAACCUUUGUGCAAAUAUGAAUAUCAAAAGAUUUACAGUAUAGGUGCAUAUAACAAUUGCACGUUGUGGCUCUAAAAUAUCUAAAAUAAUUUACUGUGUUGCAUAUUAACUGACAUUGUGAGAACUUGAAUAUAACAAACACCAUCAGUCUAAUUGUAUUUUAAUGCAAUAAUGGCGUUGAGGGGGCCAUUAAUCAAGAUGAUUAAGCUGAGGCAGACACACACCUACUGUAUUCCAGUCUUCACCUGAUACAUUUCUGCUCUCCAUUGAAGUGACUUUUGAUCAAAUGGCCUGUCUAUAUUUUGCAACUCAUCAUUGUCAAAAAUUACCAUUAAAGUGAAUUAGACCAGUUAAAAAUAAAUCCCUGUUGGGAUUCACUCUGCAUUGGUGCCCUACUGAUCAAAAGGCCAUCUGAAUAAACACAGAAGACACAGAAUAAGCACCUUGCUUUUUCCGUUUCCGUUAUGACGCUGGUGACACAAAACAUAUUACAACACAUUUCAUGAAUGGCACAAGUGUGUUUUAAGUUUUAAUUGCCAAGUGCAUUAUUGACAAUGUUGUGUGUCUGUGUGUGGGUGGGUCAGUAUGUAUGAGUGGAUAUAUAGAUACUGUAAUAUAAUGAGGCAGUGAAAAUUAAGAGCUGCAGUGUUUUAAUAACAUUAAAUGUUGUACAAUACAUUACAGGCACGUUACUGUAAUUACACUGCCAUACCUACUUAGUAUUUUAUUUUUGAGAGACCUUGUCAAAGUAUCUUCAUAUAUAUAUAUAAAUAGUAAUCCUGGGAUGGGCUGUCUGGUAUGUUGAAUAGGCUGAGUAGACCAUUGCUAUUAAAAUAUCUAUACCUAU